AUGCGGCUCUUGACGCGCGACCAGAAUGGCGAGCUUAGCUUGACUGAGGACCUGGUUGACAAUAUCCCCCCAUACGCGAUACUAUCGCAUAUGUGGAGUAAAAAUAAUGCCGAAGAGGUUUCCUACAAGGACAUGAAGGACGGUACCGGGAAAGGCAAGGCGGGCUAUCGCAAGGUCGAAUUCUGUGCAGAACAAGCAGGACGCGACGGCUUGCAAUACUUCUGGGUAGACACUUGCUGUAUCGACAAAUCGACUAGCGACGAGCUCCAGGCGUCGAUAAAUUCCAUGUUUCGAUGGUACCACGAUGCCACUCGGUGCUACGUUUACCUGUCUGAUGUUUCGAUGACUGGUAGCCUUUCGCAGAACAGCGAUCAAGCAAGCAGCGAUCAAGCUGAGCUCUCCUGGGAAGUGGCGUUUCAAAGGAGUAAAUGGUUUACUCGGGGCUGGACGCUCCAAGAGCUUCUUGCGCCGGCAUCGGUGGAGUUCUUCUCGUUGGAGGGCCUGCAACUCGGCGAUAAGGGAUCUCUUGAGCACGAAAUUCACAACAUUACAAAAAUACCAAUCUCAGCUCUUCGGAAAACAACCCCCUUUAGUCAGUUCGAUGUUGACGAGCGACUGAGAUGGGCAGAGAGACGCCAAACCACGCGCCAGGAAGAUUGGGCGUACUGUCUUCUGGGCAUUUUCGGUGUCUUCAUGCCGCUUAUCUACGGCGAGGGAAGGGUCAAUGCGAAUGGCUCCGGAAACUUUAUACUUGUCCGUACCGAGACCGUAAGAACCGAAAUCCGCCGCGAGUCCAAGGAACAUAUCCUUGAGGAGUUCGAAGACAAAGGAGAUACAAUACUAACAUCCUUCCGCGACCUCUGGGAUAUUCUCAUCUCCGCUGCGACUGGCCAUAAGAGGAGGGAGAUUGUCUGUAUCCUCGACGCCCUAGAUGAAUGCGAGGUUUCAGGACGACAUCAGCUUAUCGAUACUGUUAGUAAAUUCUACUCGGGCAUAACAACAACUCGUCCUACAUUAAAGCUCCUCUUAACGAGCCGGCCCUACCUAGAUAUCAAGAGAGGAUUCUAUCCUCUAGAACGCGAACUGCCGAUGAUUCACCUAAGCGGGGACAAUGAAGAGGAGGUAGAUAAAAUUUCUCUCGAGAUCGACUUGGUUGUAGGAAGCAGAGUGGCGGACCUUGGUGGAAGGCUCGGGCUUCUCCAAGAAGAGCAGCACGUUCUUCGAGAGGAACUUACACGGGCUCCUAACCGCACCUACCUCUGGGUGCAUCUCAUCUUCGACAUCAUAACUAAGAGCAUUAUCGACGGGUUAGAAGACAUUCGGUCGAUAGUGAAGACGACGAAAACGGUUGAUGCAGCAUACGAUAGGAUCUUGUCAAAGAGUCCAGAUGUUGGGCAGGCCAGGAAGCUCCUCCAUAUCGUCGUCGCAGCAGCGAGGCCUCUUACUCUGCAGGAGAUGGCCCUGGCUUUAGCGAUUAGGCCCCAUCAUCGAUCCUUCAGCGAUCUCAAGCUAGGGCCAGAAGACCGAAUCCGCAAUAACAUUAGGCAGCUUUGCGGACUUUUUGUGGUCGUUGCCGACUCCAAGGUCUACCUGCUUCAUCAAACCGCCCGCGAGUUCUUGGUCCCCCCACCAUCGGGGUCUUCGCCACCUCUUACCGGCAGCACGGCACUACAGUGGAAGUUUACCCUUCAUCCGAAGGAAUCGCAUCGCAUCCUUGCCGAGAUCUGUAUACAGCGGCUCUCGCUGUUAGAUUUUAAUCUAAGUGGCCUUAGAGCAAGUGCAGAUCAAGAUCAGUAUAUCUCCAUGCGUACAUUUCUGCGAUAUGCAGUGCAGUACUGGGCUGUCCACUUUCGUGAAGCAAACUGGAAUGACGAAGAUUGGGCUGUUGAGAAGGCAACAUCAUACUGUCGUCCGGACUUGCCAACCUCGGCGUGGUUUGAAAUAUAUCAAAGAGUUGCGACAAGAGAUGUGCCGGGCAACUUUACACCUCUUUUAGUCACAUCCUAUUUUGGUCUAAGCAGUGUGGUGGAGCGGCUUCCUAAGAAGGCUUUGAAGGCCAUUAACAUCAAGGAUAGUAGGUAUGGAAGGUCAGCUAUUUCCUGGGCUGCCGGGGAAGGCUAUAUCGCGGUGCUGGAGUGGCUUCUCCGUGGUGGUGUGGUGCGGUGGCUCCUCGGCACCAGCGCCCGAGUCAACGCAAAGGAUAGAUCUGGCUGGACGCCGCUUCACUGGGCUUCCUGGAGCGGCCACGAUGCUGUGGUGCAGCUGCUUCUUGAAGCUGGUGCUGAUGUGAACGCGAAGGAUGAAUCUUUCUGGACGCCGCUUCACCGGGCUUCCCAGCACGGCUACGAUGCUGUGGUGCAGCGGCUUCUUGAAGCUGGUGCUGAUGUGAACGCGAAGGAUGGACCUGGCUGGACGCCGCUUCACCGGGCUUCCCAGUACGGCUACGAUGCUGUGGUGCAGCGGCUUCUUGAGGCUGGUGCUGAUGUCAACGCGAAGGAUAGAUCUUUCUGGACGCCGCUUCACUGGCCUUCCCGGAACGGCCACGAUGCUGUGGUGCAGCGGCUUCUUGAAGCUGGCGCUGAUGUGAACAUGAAGGAUGACAAGUUCAGCAGCAGGACGCCGCUUCACUGGGCUUCCUGGAGCGGCCACUAUGCUGUGGUGCAGCGGCUUCUUGAAGCCGGUGCCGAUGCGAACGCGAAGAAUUAUCGCGGCGGCUGGACGCCGCUUCACCAGGCUUCCCAGUACGGCCACGACGCCGUGGUGCAGCGGCUUCUUGAAGCCAGCGCUGAUGCGAAUGCGAAGAAUCGACGCCGUGGUGCAGCGGCUUCUUGA